CCAAGAUCAUCCCUGAUUGGCUGAUCUCAUUUCAGCGUAAUCAUCAGUUUGUGCUGCUGACGAUAAGUUGUCUGAAAUGUUCCUGGGAUCGCUGACAAACUCCAGUAAAUGCUCUGUUUACCACUUUACCACCCUGUACACAAUUAAAUGAGGCACUGGAGUGCGGGACACAUAUGGCUGUGUAUGAUGAGAAUAUCCUGAAGAACCCUUUUUACCAGGCCCUGGAAAAACACCGGCCGGAUCUGUGCAGCAGGGUGGCAGAACUCCAUGGCAUUAUUCUGGUGCCGUGUUGUGGAAGUUUACCAGCGGGCUCUUUCCCAGCAUCUCAGUUCGAGGGGUACGUGCUCCAGCCUGCCGAACAGGGUUACCAGACGCUGGAUGGAAAGGAAGUGUCUAUAGACAAUAACCAGGUCCGGCUGGGUGCAGGGUUUCCCAAUCCCACCUCUGUCCCCAUCCUGUUCGAGGAGACCUUCUACAAUGAGAAAGAGCAGGCCUACAGCAUACUGUGCAUCGCACGGCCCUUCGACGCCGACCACAGCCCUGAGGAGUUGAGUAGUGUUUCUGCUCCGUACUGUCUGAAGAGUAUCGAGGAUGUGAGGGAGUUUCUGGGCCGCCAUGCUGAAAAACUGGACAAGCUUGUGGCCGCCUUCUCCCACUCCUUUAAAGAACAAGAGAGGAAGGGCCUCCGACAUCAAAUAGACUCUGUAAAUACCCUUUACACAAAAUGUCUUCAGCUGCUGUUGAGGGACUCUCGACUGAAGAUUUUGGCCAGACAGGAGAUACAGAUGACUCUACUCAAACAAGCAGUGGAGAUGUACAUCCAUCAUGGCAUCCAUGAUCUACUCUUUAGUUAUGUGGGGAGUCUUGAAGCAAGUCGGGAUGCGGCGUUCAACAAAACGACGCGCUCCUUGCAGGAUCUGCAGCAGAAGGAGCUUGGUGUGAAGUCAGAAUUCAGUAUAAACAUUCCUCGUGCUAAGCGGGAGUUGAGUCAGCUGAACAGCUGUACGUCUCCCCAGCAGAAACUGCUCUGCAUAAGGAAGGUUAUUUUAACCAUCAUGCAGUCAACCAGACGCAGAGAUACAGCGGUGAGCAUCGAGGCCAUGUGUGCUGACGAUCUCCUGCUAGUCAUUCUCUAUCUGCUAAUCAAAACAGAAAUCCCUAACUGGAUGGCCAAUCUGAGCUACAUAAAGAACUUCCGCUUCCGUAAGUCCAGUAAGGAUGAGCUGAGUUACUGUCUCACCUCGUUUGAGGCUGCGGUGGAGUACAUCAGCCAGGGAAACCUCACCCCGAGCGCUCUGGGGUCAGGAGAUCGACUGUCCUUCAGACACAAGGUGGACCUGCUGUCCCAGAAUGCCACACCUAUAGACCAGCUGUUUGAGCACAUUGUGAGUGGAAAUGAGGCCGAGGUGAAGCGUUUGCUAAGCGAGAGUGAGAAUGAGGAGGACGGGAGGAAGUUAUGUCACCCACUCUGUUCCUGUGACGCCUGCGACCGCCACAUCUCAGGGAGGUUAAACGACCCGUCCAUCGUCACUCCAUUCUCUCGGGAUGACAGAGGCUACACUCCUCUACAUGUUGCUGCUAUUUGUGGUCAGUCCCUGCUGAUUGAUUUGCUGGUGUCGAAGGGAGCUGUGGUGAACGCCACCGAUUAUCACGCGCUCACACCGCUGCACCUCUCCUGCCAGAAGGGCUUCCAGGGCGUCACGCUGCUGCUCUUGCAUUACAAGGCAAACACAGAUGCUCAGGAUAACAAUGGAAACACCCCUCUACACCUGGCCUGCAUGUACGGCCACGAAGAUUGUGUGAAGGCGCUGCUGUACUUCGACCUGCACUCCUGUCGACUGAACGUUCAGAACGAUAAGGGAGACACGCCGCUGCACAUCGCCGCUCGCUGGGGCUACGAGGGCAUCAUGGAGGUGCUCCUGGAGAACGGGGCAUCAACCCUCAUCCACAACAAAGCCAAGGAGACGCCGUUACACUGUGCCCUCAACUCCAAGAUUCUGUCGUUGUUGGAGCGCGGACACAAUGACUCCAGUAAAAGGGAAAGUGGAUUCGAGGUGAGUUCAGAUAUCUUGGCAAGAAGGGUGGAUGAUUUUGUGCUGGCCUGGACUGCGUCCAGUAUGUCUUCUCUCAGUGUGGAGGCCACACCACCGGACGCCGAGCGCACACGACACAAAGAGGUGGAGAAGUUGUUGAGAGCUGUGGCUGAUGGAGAUGUGCAGAUGGUGCGUUAUCUGUUGGAUUGGCUGGAUGAGGAGCCAGAGGACGAGGAAGCUUCAGUGCCAGUGAAGACAGUGUUGUGCCAUCCUCUGUGUCAGUGCCCCAGCUGUGAACCUGCACAGAAGAAAGCGGCCCGCCUGCAGCCGGACGGUGUGGGUGUGAACAGCAGUGCUGACGGCUUCACUCCGCUCCAUGUGGCGGCGCUGCACGGACACACAGCUCUGGUGUCUCUCUUCACCCGCCACGGGGCCAACAUCAACGCUCGCAACAAUCAGAGCGCCACCCCGCUCCACCUGGCCUGCCAGAACAGCCAGAUACAGGUGGUGUCUGCUCUGCUGGAGUGUAAUGCCAAACUGAACAAGAAAGACCAGUAUGGAAACACUCCGCUGAUUCUUGCCUGUCUGAAGGGAAAUCUGGACAUAGCCACCAUUUUGCUUGAGAGCGGUGCGCUGGUGAAUCUGGCUAAUAAUCAGGGUAACAGCGGUCUGCAUGAGGCGGUGAGAGGGGGACACGUCCAGCUGGUGGAGCUCCUGCUGCACAGAGGGGCUUUAGUGCACAUGCGCAACAAGAGACAGCGGACCGCCCUCGACUGUGCACACGAGACCGCCGGGCAGAAUACAGAAAUUCAGAGACUCCUGCAGAAAGUCUUUGCUGAUGCUCCGGACAUUCAUCCAGUUAAACCACACUCCAGAGGAACAGAUGGCAUUGUGGUUCAAAGAGUAAAACCGCAUGAGAGUCCCAGCAGUGGCAGAAAAGACACAGACCACACAAAACACAGGAGUCUGAAGAGGACUGACAGAGCAGUGACCACGAUAGGAGUAUUAGACCAGACAGAGGAGGGUCAGAGUGACAGACGCAGACUGGUGAGAGGAGAGACGGUGGACAGCAGCGGGCCUCAGUCGCCUCGCGCCCAAAGCAGGAGCAUGACCCGCUGCCACACCAUCAGCCAGGACCUGACCCAGCGCUCGCUGCAGGAGCCCAACGGGGAGGAGGAAGACGAUGGGGAGACCGCUGCCACAGAAAUGGACAAUGUUGUGUUGUGAUGGUGGUCAACCGGUUUAAUAGACUAAAUAUAAAUCCAUCAUUACUAAAUCAGCUCCGCCACCUCAUCCUGGUCUUUAUUGUAUUUCAGUGUUGAACGAUCUAAACUUUAUUGACUUGAAUAUGCAAGAACUGUCAUUGUUUUUCAAGGUUUUUCAACAUUUUCUCAUGCUUGUGGUUUAUGCAGUUUUAGAGGUUUUAAGGGUCUGAAUGUGGAAAUCAGAAAGAGGAAGUUGCUUUUAAUAUUCCACUUAAAAAUGAUGCUCUUAAAUCACAAAAUAGAAAAAGUUAGCAUGUGUCAGCACUGGUGGGUGAAACGGCAGUCGAUAUUUGAGCUGUCUGAAGAGACUUCGGAAACUUGCUUCAUUUAUAGCAUGUAGGUUAAAGGGAGACGUUUACAAAAACUACAGAAAGUUUUUUUUUUUUUUUUUUUUUGAGCACUUUCUAAUUUUCAGAAUGUCACAUUAUAAAAAGGGAUAAUUAAGGAUACAAUUGUGUAGCAAGAUAUUAGUUUUCCUCAUAUUUUUUCCAAAACGUAAGUUGUUACAUCUCUGUGUGUAGGCAACUAGUAAUGGAAACCCUUCUUUUUUUUUCACAACAUUAGAUGCUGUUCUUAAAGUCAGAUGGCAGUUUUUGUUUUCUUUUUCUUUUCACCCUCUUAGUGUCUUUCCUAUUUCCAAGUUAUUUUUUAUUUUUUUAUUUUUUUUUGGACAAUUGUCUUCGCAUAUGCUGAAAAGGUUGCAUUUGUGUAAGCAUACAGAGUUAGGAAUAAAUCUGAUGUGUGUGGGGGUCAGCGGAGGGCAGUAUUACGGACCACGGCUCUGUUUAAAUCAUGCACUUUAUUCCCUCGCAGGUUUUCUGUUGGUUUGGUUUUAGGAGCUGAGCUCAUGAAGCCUGAUUGAUUGCAUUUUGAGUGGCGGGUGUAAAUGCAUUUUCUGCUGCAGGAGUGUGUUAGUGGGGACAGAAUUAAUGCUGGGCAGGACGUCAUUAAAUAUUAUCUUCACACAAACUGACCAUGAAAUAAAACAGAGCUAGUUUGUGAUUUGAUGUGUCUUUGAAUGUAACAGUUCUUUGUGGCAAUCUGAAGAACUAGAGAGCAAUUAUUUUUGUAUGUUUCCAUAACCGUUUUUGUGUAACAUUGCAGUGAAUGUGCCUUAUUUAAUUUGUGCCAACAUAAUGUAAUAAAACCACAUAACAAUAAAGAAAUGUAUUAAAGCUGA